GAAACGACUAAUAGUGCAGCUGAAACGAUCCAAAGAGGGUAACCGGCCAUAUUAGUCAAGAUCGACGUUUGAUCGUUAGUAGCUCUUUUCCACUCGACGGUACCAUCCUUUUCUUCAUUGGUUUCGUCAAGUAUCUUCAAGUAGUGAAAGCAGUGAUGGAGGAAGAGCAAUCCCUUUUAAAAUCAACGCUCAAUGAUUUGCACGUACAAUUUCAAGAGAUUAAGAAAUUUAAAAAGAUUGAUAACUUCCAAGAGAAUGACACUGAAAGUGUCAACCUUUCAAGUCAGAUGAAAAGUCUUAUCGAUGGAAUGUAUGCAAAAAUUGAAAAUAUUAUUUAUGAAAACGAUCAUUCGCCGAACCUGUGCUGUACGAAGUUAAGUUUACGAUUACUGGCAAUGAAAACUACGUUACUUUAUGAAAAAUCAAAACUACUCGUCAAUUUAGGAAACGAAAAGCUAGCCGAAGAACUUCUUUUCAAGGCAUUCAAUGAUAUAAUCAAAGAUAUAGCGAAACCUCAUAUCGUCUUCCUAGCAUUUAGGAUAAUUAAUCACUAUUCUUAUUUACUAACCAAACGAGAAGAUUUUGAGAAAGCAAGGGAGCUUUUAGAAUUGGCUGAGACAAUUUACAAAGAGCUAAAAAAAACAAAUCCUGUCAUAGUGUUUUAUUCAAGUGAUGACCUGUUUUUUCCUGAUAUCAAUGCUUUACAUUCAAUUGAUUCUAACAAUAAAUUGGAACGUCUUGUGACAAACAAUCUGCAGAUGCUGGGAUUUAUUUACAAUAAGCAAGAACUGCACGACAAAUUUGCCGAGUAUCACCAUGAAGUUCUUGAAAGACAGAUCGUGAUACGAGACGGUAAUGCCACAAUGUGGGCAGUUAAAUGCGCCAGAUUGGCAUCGUACUUUUUGACAAAAAACAGAUUUAGAGAAGCAAGACACCAUCUAGCAGCAGCUAUGUCUGUGCUUUACAGCUAUGAAAAAGAGCUAAAAAAAAUGGAACCAUCGAAUAACACGAUUGUUAGUUGGCAAGAGUUACAACAAAAAUUGGCUGACAUAGCUAAGUACUGGGUGAAAUAUGGACUCUUUCUCUUUGGUGCAUCUAAAACAAACAUAGUAUCCCACUUCUGUGGCGACUCGAAUCAGGCUUUAGAGAAGGUCUGGGCUGUUCCGUUCAAAUUCAAUGACCUAAAUAAACCAUCCACUUUGAGGGAAACAUAUUUCAAAAACGCAUAUUUAAACGAGAUUGCCUCCAGUGGUAUGAGAUUAGGCACUAUCCAUAGAAACUUAGAAGACUCAGCGAACGAGAAAUUGAAAUCGACGAGCUGUACAGAGAAUGAAACGUCACACACUUCACCAGAUUUAACAGAAGAUGCUGUGGAACCUGAAAAGAUAAUCAUCGAAAAUUACCAAGGACCACUGUUAUUUUUUAAACAAUUAAAUCUAUCAAAGUACGAAGAUCAGGUUGCAGUAAACACUAUCGAGACCACUGCUCAAGCUAGAUCACUUUUUCUUUAUACGCAUUCGUGGCUUAAAAAAGCCAAGGAUUUCUACACACUGCGGGAACAUCCUGUAGAAUAUGUUAACGCAAUCUUAGAUCUCAGCGAGCUCUACAGAUACCUAGCAUUCUACGAGGAGGAUAUAGAAAGCCAAUAUGCUGUACAAAAGCUACGGGCAGACGCUCUGGAAACUCUCAGCGCAGUUCUUAGAGAAGUCCGACCGCAAUGUUACAUAGCAGUAUCGGUGGAACUUCUCCGCGAAUUGGCGGAAGUCCAGCUCGAAAUGACGGGAUUAAAUUUACGGCGGAUUUAUAUAGCUCAGGAUGCUUCGCCCGAUAGCAGUGAAGCUGCUGUCCACAAAAUGGAAGCUCUAGCCGAUAUCCACUCUAAAUUGGAACACUUUGGCGACACUCUAGGAGGUAAUGAAGACACUGCUGAUUUGGGUUCGAUUCCUAUAUCUGACAUGGUGGAAGAUGCUUGUCAGUACUUUAACGUGUAG